AUGGGUAGUGCUGGAGGGUUGAGUUUUUGGUGGGAUGAUAACAUUGAUCUCGAGGAGAAUGAGGCUUGCUGGAACUUUCUCGAAGGUGUCCUCAGAUAUACCGACCUUCCAUGGUUAUGCGGUGGUGACUUCAAUGAAAUCUUAUGGUCUUUUGAGAAAAAAGGUGGUUUUGAGCAGCCUUCCAACAGACCCUGCUACCUUCACAACUUCAUGAAGAAGGCGGGGCUCAUUGAUUUGGGUUACCAGGGAUCGAGCUUCACUUGGAGGGCUCACAGGCAGAAUGGUAUUUUUGUUCAGGAAAGACUCGAUAGAGUUUUGGGGAACUUACCAUGGCAGGAGUCAUGGCCAAGUACUUCCAUUAGUCACCACCCGGCCAUCGGUUCGGAUAACAAUCCACUGGUCUUGGAGACAACCAUGUAUCAUAAAAAUCAUAUAAGGCAGUUCAAGUUUGAAGCUUAUUGGGCUGAUGAGGUGGAGGCUAAAUAG